AUGGGCAAUCAAGGAUCCUCUCAUCAUCACCACGCCAAAACAAGCACCGAAAAAGUCUCCUCCACCACCACUCCAACUUCCCUGAACCGAACGGAAACAGUUGUAUCACCAAAUUCCAACACCACAAAUAAUAGCAACGGAGUUUCUUCCAUUCCACUUGAACAAACACCAAUCUCAUCAUCGGAACUACCGAAUAAUGAUACGCCUCAGCAAGAAACACCCGAAGCAAAUACACAACCAUCAACCCCAUUUUCAUCUUCAAGUAGUUAUUAUUUUGAUGCUCCACAAUUGUUGGGAGAAUCUGAAAUUCUAAUCGGAGAUGAAGGAAAUUCCAUUGCACAACAGAUAAGAGCAAGUUUACCAUUGGAACAAAAGCUCCAUAAUCAAUGGACCAUGCUGUAUAGUAAUAAGAAAAACGGAGCAUCUAUUGCAACUUUUGCUGAAAUUGUCAUGUAUCAUGGUCCCAUGCUAAUUAUCAUCAAAGAUAUGGAGAAUAAUAUAUUUGGAGCUUUUACUAGCAUUUCACUGGAAAAGAAGUCUUCGUUUUAUGGAAAUAGUAAUUGUUUUUUAUUUAAAGUAGACACUGAAGAAAAUAAUGAAAAUUCAGAAGCAAAGAAAAUUGUUAAAGUUUUUCCUGCUAGUGGCAAAAAUGAAAAUUAUGUAUAUUUCAAUUUUGGAAAUAAGUAUAAUCCAUACAAUGGGUUAGCAUUUGGUGGAAGAAUUGGAUGCUUUUCGUUGUGUAUUGAACAAGAUUGGCGCUUUGGGAAAACAUGUGGAGAUUUAAUUACAUACUCCUUUAGCCCUCAGCUCUCUAGCGACUCCGAGUUUGAAAUUAAUGUAAUUGAAUGUUGGAUAUUCCCUUUGAGUGAAUCUGUGCAAAUCGAUCUAAGAUAUAGAGCAAAGGCAAAACAGUCGAAGCAAGCAUUAGGAGAGGGUAAUGCUGCUGAAAUUUUCAUCAUGAAACAAGCUGGUAUCAUGUCAAGUGAUCAUGAUCAUAUCAGAGAAACAGCUUAUCAAAAAGAUACUCCAAACAGUUCCAAUAAUAAUGUGAAUAAUUGA